CAGUUUAGUCGUGCAUAUUACCUCGUUCGAUAAAAUUCGUUGCUCUUUUUUUUUCUCUCCCACUUGCACACACAGAAUUACAGCACCACGAGAUUUCAGAAUUCAGUUCGCCAUUCGCAUCGCAUUUCGUGUUCAAAAUUAGAAAAGGCCGUUUAUUUAUUUUUCGCUUUGAAGCUUCCUUUAUUUUGGAUUUGACAAUCAGUAAAUAAUAAAGUGACAGAUUUGAAGUAAACAUUGAAAUUAGAUCAAACCAAAGACAAGUGAUACAAUAGAAUCCAUUGAAUUAGCAUUUCCAUAAGAACGAGAUCAAACCGUUGCUGAACGUUGCAUAGUUUGCCAAUCAACAAUAGUUCAAACACUCUCACUCGGUACAUUUGGCCACAAUGUGGAAGUGUUUCUGAAUUGCCAUUCUAUUUUGGCACAAAAGCCAACACGAAGUAGAAGAAAAGUAGGUGCCCUGGUGAAAAAAUCAUUUAUUGCACUCCAUUCAAAUCAAUCGAAAAGAGAUUCUUGUUUACUUUUUACUUUCUUUCGAUUGUUUGUUCAUCUAAAUGAUUCGUGGGCACCAAUUGAUCUCAUCAAAAAGGUAAAAUUGUGUAAAUGAAUCCAACACGAGCAGCAGCUGUUGUGCGGAAAAUCCAAAAAUUGUGAUAAAAUACACACGGGAAAUCAUAUGGUUGCAUGCAUCACCCAUUGAUUAUAUCAAUGAAGAGUGAAUUUAUUUUUCCCAUCAUAAUUAUAUGCGUGAUUGAAUUGCUGUGGCUAAACAAAUGAACGAACCUCUAAAAAACUAGACUCUAUCAUGAGCAGAAGAAUUUAAGUGCGUACGAAGAAUCAAGUACAUGACAAACAUAAAGCAAAUUUAUUUAGUAAAUGCAUUGAAAAUAAGGUCUACAAAAUGAAAAUGAAAGUGAGAAAGAGUCAACGACUAACACGAGCACGAUUAAACAAAUCGAUAUGUUCACAAUUAUGUUUUUGUAUAGCAUACAUUCUGCUAGUGAUAUGCUUAUUAGAAUCAUUUCACGUUGAUGCGUACAUCAACGGUGCAACAACGAAUACGACAAAUAGCUUUCAACAUUUCAAUAUUAAUCGUCACACGAAUGCGAGUCGAAAAAGUGGGUCUACAAACCGAAUCGGUCGCUUUUUGUUCGAUUCAUUCUUUGGCAUCGACACACCACCAUUGGACGCUACCGAUUUCGAUGACGACGAUGACGAAGACGAUGAGCCACCGAAACCAUGCAAAUGCGAUAGAAAGGCAUGUGGCCAGUCAAAUCAAGAGACACGUAUCGUGGGUGGAAAACCGACCGGAGUGAAUCAAUAUCCAUGGAUUGCUCGUUUGGUUUACGAUGGAAACUUUCAUUGUGGAGCAUCGCUAAUAUCCAAAGAAUACGUUUUAACAGCCGCGCAUUGUGUACGACGACUGAAACGAUCAAAAAUUCGCAUCAUUUUGGGCGACCACGAUCAAACCGUGAUCAGUGAUGCCGAUGCCAAAAUGCGAGCGGUCAGUGCGGUGAUAAAACAUCGAUAUUUUGAUUCGAACACGUACAAUCACGACAUUGCACUGUUGAAACUACGUAAACCAAUUACAUAUUCCAAAAACAUUAUGCCCGUGUGUUUGCCCACCGAUGAUUUUGAUCCAGCUGGUAAAACAGGCAUUGCCGUUGGAUGGGGUCGAACAUCUGAAGGUGGAGCACUGCCAAGUGUCGUGCAACACGUUGAAGUGCCAAUUUUAUCGUUGAAUCAAUGCCGAAACAUGAAGUAUCGAUCAUCUCGCAUCACACCAAAUAUGGUUUGUGCUGGAAAAGGGAAACAAGAUUCAUGUCAGGGUGACUCAGGUGGUCCGUUGGUUGUGUACAAUAACGGAAAGUAUGAAGUUAUAGGCAUCGUGAGUUGGGGUGUGGGAUGUGGUAGAGCAGGUUAUCCAGGCGUAUACACGCGUGUUCCACGGUACAUGCCAUGGCUGAGGGCGAAUAUCGAUGGAUGCGUUUGCGGUAAUACACUAGCUAAUGUUCUCGCGAAAACCACACAAAAUAUCUUAAAUUUUCAUACGAAUCGCCACGAAAUUCCAAACGAAAUCACAAUGAGGGUUAAUUAUCCGGAAUUGUUGUUUACAUUGGCUUAUGUGUUUGUAUUUGUCGCACAAAUUGACGCAUAUUCAUCGCCUAACGGCAAAGGAGUGUACAAAACAUAUAAUGCAAAGAAAUCAUUGGUUUCUGCACUCCAAACGAAAAAAGAUUCUGAGAAAUUCCUAUUCAAUAACAUGAUGAAUGAUCAUAGCCGUGCACCAUCGCACGAUACACCAGCAUCACCGUGCAAAUGCACUUGUGGUGAAAGAAAUGAUGCAACAAGAAUUGUUGGUGGCGAUGCGGCUGGUGUUAACGAGUUUCCAUGGAUGGCCCGACUAUCGUAUUUCAAUCGAUUCUACUGUGGUGCUGCAUUAAUCAACGAUCGAUAUGUUUUGACUGCUGCGCAUUGCGUUAAAGGUUUCAUGUGGUUUAUGAUCAAGGUAACCUUUGGCGAACAUGAUCGUUGCGAUGACAAAACUCGGCCUGAGACACGUUUUGUUCUUCGUGCCAUUUCGCAGCCAUUCAGCUUUUCGAACUUUGAUAACGAUGUGGCUCUAUUGAGACUCAACGAUCGGGUGCCAAUAACUGAUUUCAUUCGGCCAAUUUGUUUACCCACCAGAAAGACAAACACGUAUAUUGGCACAAAGGCCGUUGCAACUGGUUGGGGCACUUUGAAAGAAGAUGGAAAACCGUCGUGCAUUCUUCAAGAAGUCGAAGUUCCAAUUAUGGCAAACAACGUUUGCGUUGAAAAUACCAACUAUACACAAAAAAUGAUCACAGAUAACAUGUUAUGCGCUGGCUAUCCAGGUGUCGGAAAGAAAGACUCAUGCCAAGGAGACUCAGGCGGCCCGCUUAUCGCUCAACGGGAAGAUAAGCUGUACGAACUUGUCGGUGUAGUUUCAUGGGGCAAUGGCUGCGCUCGACCCAAUUAUCCCGGCGUUUAUACAAGAGUAACUCGAUACUUGGAUUGGAUAAGAGAGAAUUCCAAGGAUGGAUGUUACUGCAGCAAUUAGGCAUUUCGACAAAUGCAAGAAGAUAACGAGGCGCGAUAACAAAAAAAUAAAUAGAUGAAAAUAAAAGUAGUAUUUGUUUAGUACGUUAAAUAUUCAAAGGAAACUCUCUCUAUGAAUGAAUUCAACGAUUUUAGUAUAAGACUCUCUUAUUGAUUGGUGCUUUGAAUUCUUCUCGACACAGAGUUUGUUACUGUACUGACCGGAUCGAAUCAAGAUAACUCUAUAUUCACACACUCUUGCUCUAAUUGUAAUAUGAAAAACUAUAAAUAAAAUAAAUAACGUAGACUAUAAUCGAAACAAAAUAAAA